AUGUCCCAACUGACUGAAGAAGCCAUGCAAGCAGUGCUAUGUGUUGUCAGAUACCUGAAUCAGACCCAAGAUGAUGUAUUGCAUAUUGGUGGAACAAACACCAAUGAAAGUGUCAUUGAGACCUACACAGAUGUGAAUUGGGCUUCAGAUCCCAAUGCCAACAGAAAGAGUACCUCAGGCUUGAUCAUGAAGGUUUUUGGUAGCAUCAUCACCUGGAAUUCACAUGUCCAGAAAUGUGUAGCCAGUUCAGCAGUUGAGACUGAGUAUAUUGCUAGUUUGGCUGCUGCCAGAGAAGCACUAUUCCACAGACACCUUCCCUGUGGACUUGGGUUUGGAGAUCACACUCCCACAAUCCUCACUGACAACAUGGGCUGCAUUCAAGUGGCAAACAACCUGGCCAUGCAUUCUAAACUCAAGCAUGUUGAUAUGAAAUAUCAUCUCAUCCAAGAUCAGGUACAGGAAGGCAAUAUUGAAAUCAAGUAUGUUAGAACCAAUGACAAUAUUGCAGAUUUUCUCACUAAACCAGUCUCCAAGACCCUCUUGGCACAUACAUGA